UCUUAUAUAAAGCUUGAACAGUUUAUUUGCAUUUCACAAAAAAUACACCAUUGAUACUUUAAAAGAAAAAACUGAAAGCAACAGCAUCCCAUACGAGUAGUAGCAAAAACUAAAUCUUUGAAGGACCAUUAAAUGCAGUAGCAUUGCAUAACGAACAAAUGCAUAAUAAAAUUUCUUUCCAUUUGCCUGCCACCAUAUCGUGUCAUCCACAAAUCACUGAUAUGUAUCACUGAUUGUAAACUCUUCUAGAUGCUCAGUACAAGCUGGUACCUGUGUGCAUAUAAAGACUGCACAAUUUGAUAAAAAGUAAACUUGAAAGUUUAAGUGCAUGAAUCAUAAAAGUUUAAUUUUGACUUUAUAACAAGGUUGCAACGUUGAGGCCUUGGUUAAUAAUUUGCCAGCUUACAUUAUAAUAGUUUUAUUUAGCCUCUGCCUUAAUGGGACACAGAAGGUGGGCAUGAAGUUUAAUGAACUACUUCAUGUCCUUUGUGUGAUUUUAAUAGCACUAUACUGUGAUUAGAGAUCUCUAGUCCAUUUGUUUCGGAACACUUCAGUGUUUACGUAGUUAACACGGUCUCUGGAGUCUGAGCUCCUGCAUCUCCACUGUUAAGACAAUGAAGCUUCUUUAGCUGUAUUGCUCCCCCCCCAAAAAAAAAGUGCUAUUUUUUUUUUCUUAGCAUGAAGAUUAUAUCCCAAUUUUUUUAAAAAAAAAUUAAAUGGUGGAAUUUGUGGUUCAUGUUUCUGUGGGCAUUUUAUUUUACACAUUAAACAAUAUAUUCAUAGAUUAGUUAAUGUAUACACUUCUUGUUCCAAAACUGCUUUAAAGGGAUAAAGGAGUAAAUAAAGACUACAAAUUCCCUUUGAGUUCUGUAUUAUAGAGUGGCUUUAAAUUUUCGCAUUUUGUUUGCAUACAUAAAGCAGACUCUAGCUUGCCCUGAUUUUUUUUCCGCCUCAAACGCAUAUGAAAUUUUGUUCCUUUAGUAAAAACAAAUGAUAAAGCAAAGCAUACAAAAAAGAAACUGAGUACAAGAGCAGACAUUACUGGUUUCCUUGCAAAAUAAGCACUUAGAAAUUCUCUGUAGUCACUGUCUUCAGGGAAAUGAGCUAACAUGUUGGUAAUUUAAGUUGCUGAUUAUGGGCAAAACUGACUCCCUGUUUAGUAUUAACUGAACAGUAAACCCCAGUUCAUGUUACUCUAAAAGGUUUGACAUCAAGAUAUGUAUGCCUUCCUGUAGAGAUUUUAGUCACCUUGUAGGGCUGUGUGAGGAAGUAAUGGACAAUACACAAAUGUAGUAAAAAAAACUUUUAAAAAUGAAUACAAAUUGCAAAACUUUCUAUGAAGUAUAACCUACUGCUUUGUGUUAUUUUUUUUAUUACAACCAUGAAGCAGACAAAUAUCGCUUUGAUAGCCAAUCUUUAGUCUCUCAUGAUACAACUAGAAUUUGGUGUUCAUUCUCCCAUUGAAGAUAACGGCUUUAAAGGGCUACUGAACCCAAUUUUUUUCUUUCAUGAUUCAGAGUGCCAUUUUAAGCAACUUUCUAAUUUACUCCUAUUUUAUCUUCUCUUGGUAUCUUUUUUUAAAUAAAAGCAGGAAUUUAGGCUUACAAGCCAGCCCAUCUUUGAUUCACCACCUGGGUAUUACUUGCUUCGUGGCUAAAUGCACCCACUAAUCAGCAAGUGCUUUCCAGGGUGCUAAACCAAAAAUGACUGGCUUGUAAGCCUACUUUCCUGCUUUUUCAAAUAAAGAUAGAGAAUAAAGAAAUUAAUAGGAGUAAAAUAGUAAGUUGCUUAAAAUUGCAUACUCUAUCUGAAUGAUGCAAGAAAAAAUGUCAGUUCAGUAUCCCUUUAAAAAAAAUAAUUGGCUGGGGGGGUGUGGAGGAACCAGGGAAAGCUUGUUUUGUAAAAGGGGGAGGCAUGGAUAUUUAAAUAGUUCAGUAUAAUGCAAUUAAAGGGGACCAAUGCAUCAAUCCCAUGUGCCUUUAACUCAAUACUCUGAACGUCACUGGGGAUUGUGUUAAUAGCGGCAAGACUGCACUAUUUCCGGUGACUGGGAAAAAGGGAGGGUACAAUAGCUACAUACAUGGUACGUUAGUCAUAUGGGGUUUAAUAACCAGGAAACCUUGGGAGAAGAGUGGGGAACCCAAAUACACACCUUUCCAUUCAUGCAAAACAUUUUUAAUGGUAGACGUUUUUGCAACAAUUUGUGCAAGAACUGCACUUACAUAUCACUUUAUGAUCAAAAUUUUAUGCACUACUUCUGUGUUCCCAAAAACUGUGCAGCUUGGCUAAAUAAGAACUUUGUCAGUGUUGAGAAAAUGCUGUUUAUUAUAGUAACAGCUUGUUUUCUUUUUUUCUUAAUAAGUAAAUGUGCAACAGAAAUAAACUCAACUCCUGUCGGGCGCUUUUUAAAUUAUUUUUUUUUAUAGGCAACACCCACCAAGUCAGUCCUUACCUUAUUAUAUAACACUUACUGCAGUCCUGUAUCUUAACUAUGAAAUAGCACAGCUUAGUUUUAACCGUUCAUGCUGGUAAAUUAUGACCGUUCCCAUCUCCUUAAAGGUCUCUUCCAUCAUUGCAAAAGGCUAAUCUGAGAACUGUACCCCAUUUAAAGCAAGAUUGACAUUUAGUUGCUGCUAAACUUAUUUUGAACCGGUAGCAUGCAGGUAAGAAUGCAUGCAUCAAUUGAAGACUGUCUCACAAGUAACAGUCCUCAAAAAAAUAGCCACUUGUGGAAGUGCAUAUAAAACCCAUAACAAAAAUGGCCGUAUGUGUAACUUGGUAUGGGCAACAUCAAACAAUUUAAAAUAGUCGAGGACAAAAUAAACUUGUUAUUUGUAGUCUUAACGGGAAUUAAAGGAUGGAGAUUUUUUACCUGGGCUGUGGACAUCGUACAAAUGGCAAGGUUCCUAAACCUUUAUAAAGAAAAGAAAAAUCCUCCAAGACACUCAGGAUGUGUAAAUCUUGCAUCGCAAAAAAGGUAAAACAUUCCCUAAUACUGCUCCGCACAUAAUGCAACUGUUAUCCUGCACAGUCUAACCACCUUUAGGUCUUGCUGCACCGGAGUAUCAUGCUGAUUGGCAGCAAUGGUUAAACUGUGUAGGUUGAGAAUGGUAAACUAUUAAUACCCAUUUAAACUGACAGCAGAUUAUCAAAUAUCCUUAAACCUAAAGUAAGACUUUAAAACAUUGUUUUAAAAUAGAUAAUUGAAACAAAUAUUCUAUUUUUAAUGUAAUUCAACUUAAAAAGAUUUCCAAGUUGCUGUUAAUGCUUAAGUUAUAACUUUUGUUACCAUAAAAAUACAAAUCUGCUCAGUUAUUUAAAGUGCUCACAAAUAUUUAACAUAUCCAAACUUUUUUUUCCUGUCUUUCCCCACCUGCAUCUUUCACUUCUGUUUAAAUUUGUAGUAAUAGUUUUUGCUGGGGCACAGGGUGGAUUUAACUGUAUGCGGCACUGACUUUUUUUUCUUUUUUUGGUCUGCAGGCAAUAUGUGAUAUCUUGGCUCAUUGGAUCACAGAACUACAGGAGGUGAUGACAAGAGACCUCUUCUUCGUGUGGGAACAGGUUCACAUUGUGAUCAACUCUGCGGUAUGUACAGUCUUUUUGUUUCUGGGGAGACAGUGUAGCUCAGAACAGACUGGACGUUACUUGCUACAACAAGAAAGGGGUAAUCAAUCUACAAGAGUGUUUAGUAGUUUUGCAACAAAUUUCCCUCUUACAUUAUUUGUGUAUUGCAGUAGGUGGUGUAUAUAUGACCCGAUUUAUUAAUACAGAAUCUGACUUUUUAUCUGCAGGAUGACGCUGGGAGAUUGGAAAGAAUAGGCUCUGUCUGUUUGGGGAGUUAUUCCGUGGCUUACAUUUAUUGUGGCACAGUUUUUGAGGGGACACAUUGGUAGUAGUCGGGUCUACCCGACAUUAAUAUUGCCCACGCGGUUGUUUUCUAUGGGGUUUCCCUUUACUGCCCACGAAGGGCCGGGGCUUAAGUUCGCGCGAUUAGUUGCGCACUUGCUUUUCCGGCUUCCGUCAGUACACGGAGGACUUAGCAGCAAUUGUAUUGAAGCUUCGGUGUUUACUAUGUCCACUUGGCCUCAGCUGAUCAGGAUCGCAAGCGGACCUUGGCAGCAGUUCUCGGAGGGCCUCUUUGUUGGUUGAGAGUAAGGGUAGGCACCACAGCAGAGCUGUGGCUUGGUGCAGGGGCUAUUUUUAGUCAUAGCAAUAAAGGGCUAUUGUAACCUAUUGAAUGUGAAUAGGCUCUGUUAUAAAAACUUCCUAUUCUAAUUGUUGAACGCUUGCAGUAAAAUUUAUAUCGUUUUAAAAUUUAAAGGCACAGCACAUUUUGUUUUUGUUCAAUGUCUGUACCACGACCUAUAUUGCACUUUGUUUUUCUUUUUAGCAUGGCUGACCUACUGGAUCAUACUUGUUCUAUGAGUUUAGCUGCCAAUGUGGAACCCCCUCUUACAUUUUGUCCCUCAUGUACUGAGAGGGCUUUAGAGUUUAAAUAUCAGAUUUUCUUUAAAGAUAGCUUAUCUAAGGAUGCUUCUCAGCUUGAUGAGACUCAGGGUAUGCCGCAAAUUUCUCCCCAAGCGUCACAGCCUUUAACGCCCGCUCAGGCGCCAUCAACUGCGUCUACCUCAUUUACCCUACAGGAUAUGGCGCCAGUUAUGUCAUCCACUCUUACAGAGGUUUUGUCUGUUACCAGUGUUGCAAGGCAAACGUGGUAGAAGAGAGGACCAGGUGGUCAGGCGACUUCUGAUUCUUUGAUGGCGAUCUCCCUGGGCUCUGAAGUGGGAGGUAAGGAGACUCUAUCUGAAGGGGAAUUGUCUGACUCAGGAAGUACAUUGCCCCAGGCAGAUUCGUAUAUGAUGUCCUUUAGAUUUAAGCUUGAACACCUCCGUCUGUUGCCGGAUGUUUUGCUGACUCUGGACGACUGGCUCUAUUGUGGUGCCACCAGAGAAACUGUAAGAUGGACAAAUACUUAGAGGUCCCUUCUUACUGUUUUUCCGGUUCCUAAGAGAAUUUCGGAAAUUAUUACACGGGAAUGGGAAAGACCGGGUAUUCCGUUUUCACCUUCCCCUACCUUUAAGAAAAUGUACCCUAUAGCUCUGUUCGGGAUUCUUGGCAGACGGUCCCUAAGGUGGAGGGAGCUAUAUCUACACUGGCUAAGUAUACGACUAUCAGUAUUGAUGACAGUUGUGCUUUCAAAGACCCUAUGGACAAAAAGUUGAAGGGUCUUCUAAAAAAGCUAUUUAUUCAUCAAGGGUUUCUAUUACAACCGACAGCCUGCAUUGUACCGGUCACAAUUGCGGCUGCCUUUUAGUUUGAUGCCUUAGAAGGGUCUCUUAAGACUGAGACUUCCUUAGAGGAAAUUCUGGAUAGAAUAAAGGCCCUUAAGCUUGCAAAUUCUUUUGUUACGGAUGCCGCGUUCCAGAUCGCCAAAUUGGCGACUAAGAAUGCAGGAUUUGCCAUUUUAGCGCGGAGAGCCUUAUGGUUAAAAUCUUGGUCUGCGGAUGUAUCCUCUAAAAGCAUUUGGCUAUUCCUUUCAAGGGUAAGACCUUAUUCGGGCCUGACUUGAAAGAGAUAAUUUCUGACAUUAUGGGAGGUAAGGGUCACCUUCUACCUCAGCAGAGGGGCAGACAGAGUAAUUUUCGUUCCUUUCGAACUUUCAAGGGGAGUCCCCUCUUCCGUUAAACAGGAAGGGAAUUUUGCGCAAGCGAAGUCAGUCUUGUGACCCAACCAGGCUUGGAACAAGGGUAAACAACCCAAGAAGCCUGCGGCUGCUCCCAAGACAGCAUGAAGGGGCGGCCCCCGAUCCGGGACCGGAUCUAGUAGGGGGCAGACUUUCUCUCUUUGGCCAGGCUUGGAUAAGAUGUUCAGGAUCCCUGGACACUGGAAAUCGUGUCUCAAGGGUAUCAGCUGGAGUUCAAACAUUCCUUCCCAAGGGAAAGGUUCCUUCUUUCACGAUUGUCUGUAGACCGGAUAAAAAGAGGCGUUCUUACGUUGUGUAAAAGACCUCUCCACUAUGGGAGUAAUUUGUCCCGUUCCAAUACUGGAACAGGGGCAGGGGUUUUACUCAAAUCUUUUCGUGGUUCCCAAAAGAGGGAACGUUUCGACCAAUUUUAGAUCUCAAGAGUCUAAACAAGUUUCUCAGAGUUCCAUCCUUCAAGAUGGAGACUAUUCGGACAAUUCUCCCAUUGAUCCAGGAGGGUCAAUAUGACUACCGUGAAACUUAAAGGAUGCAUACCUUCACAUUCCUAUCCACAAAGAUCACCAGUUCCUAAGAUUUGCUUUCCUGGACAAACAUUUUCAGUUUGUGGCUCUACCAUUCGGGCUGGCCACGGCACCCAGGAUCUUCACGAAGGUUCUAGGGUCUCUGCUGGCGGUUCUCAGACGCGGGGCAUUGUGGUGGCGCCUUAUCUGGACAAUAUUUUGAUCCUGGCGUCUUAUCAACUGACUCAUACGACAUGGUUCUGUCCUUUCUAUGGACUCACGGGUGGAAGGUGAAUCUAGAAAAGAGUUCACUAAUUCCACAGACAAAGGUUCCUUUCCUGGGAAUGCUUAAAGAUUCUAUAUCCAUGAAAAUCUUCUUGACUGAAGUCAAAGUUAGAUUCUGAAUACAUGCCGAGUCCUUCAGUCCAAUCCUCGGCCAUCAGUGGCUCAGUGCAUGGAGGUAAUUGGAUUGAUGGUGGCAGCAAUGGACAUUCCGUUUGCUCGUUUUCAUCUGACCUCUACAACUGAGCAUGCUCUGACAGUGGAAUGGAGAUUAUGCAAAUUUGUCUCCUCAGAUAGAUCUGGAUCAGGAGACAAGAGACUCUCUUCUAUGGUGGUUGUCGCUGGAUCAUUUGUCCCAAGGGACGUGCUUCCGCAGACCUUCAUGGGUGAUAGUGACAAUGGACGCCAAUCUACUAGGAUGGGGUGCAGUCUGGAAUUCCCUGAAGGCUCAGGGUGUGUGGACUCAGUCGGAGUCUCUACUUCCAAUCAAUAUUCUGGAAUUGAGAGCAAUAUUCAAUGCGCUUCAGGCUUGGCCUCAGUUGGCUUCGGCCAAAUUCAUCCGGUUUCAGUCGGACAACAUCACGACUGUGGCUUACAUCAAUCAGGGAGGAACAAGGAGUUCCUUAGCGAUGACAGAAGUAUCCAAAAUUUGGUGGGCGGGUGCUCACUCUUAUCUGUCAGCAAUCUACAUCCCAGGAGUGGACAACUGGGAAGCGGAUUUUUUGAGCAGACAGACGUUUCAUCCGGGGGAAUGGGAACUCCAUCCGGAGGUCUUUGCCACCCUGAUUCUCAGAUGGGGCAGACCGGAGCUGGAUCUUAUGGCAUCUCGUCAGAAUGCCAAGCUCCAGAGGUACGGAUCCAGGUCCAGGGAUCCUCAGGCCGAACUGAUAAAUGCCUUGGUCAUUCAACCUAGCUUAUGUGUUUCCACGGUUUGCUCUCCUUCCCCGGGUGUUUGCUCGGAUCAAACAGGAGAGGGCUUUGGUGAUUCUCAUCGCUCCUGCGUGGCCUCGCAGGACUUGGUAUGCCGAUCUGGUGGAUAUGUCCUCUCUGCCACCGUGGAAGCUUCCAUUGAGGCAGGACCUUCUCAUUCAGGGACCCUUCCAUCAUCCGAAUCUAGUUUCUCUGCAGCGGACUGCUUGGAGAUUGAACGCUUAUUUUUAUCUAAGCGAGGGUUCUCUGAUUCGUUCAUUGAUACCUUGAUUCAGGCGCGUAAGCCUGUUACUAGAAAGAUUUACUAUAAGAUAUGGCGUAAAUAUCUUUAUUGGUGCGAAUCCAAGGGCUACUCAUGGAGUAGGUUUAGGAUUCCCAGGAUUCUAUCUUUUCUCCAAGGAUUGGAGAAAGGGUUGUCAGCAAGUUCCUUAAAGGGACAGAUUUCUGCUUUGUCUAUUUUGCUACACAAACGUCUGGCAGAUGUUCAAUCUUUUUUGUCAGGCUCUCACUAGAAUCAGGCCUGUGUUUAGACCAAUUGCUCCUCCUUGGAGUUUGAAUUUAGUUCUUAAUGUUCUUCAAGGGGUUCCAUUUGAACCUAUGCAUUCCAUAGAUAUUAAGUUGUUAUCUUGGUAAGUUUAAUUUUUGGUUGCCAUUUCUUUUGCUCGCAGAGUUUAGGAGCUUUCAGCUUUAUAAUGUGGUUCUCCUUAUCUUAUUUUCCAUUCUGAUAAGGUGGUGUAACGUACCAAACCUGGUUUCCUUCCUAAGGUUGUUUCUAAUAAGAAUAUUAAUCAGGAAAUUGUUGUUCCUUCCUUGUGUCCUAAUCCUUCUCAGAAGGAGCGUCUGUUACAUAACUUGGACGUGGUCCGUGCCCUGAAGUUUUACUUGCAGGCGACUAAAGAUUUUCGUCAAUCAUCUUCAUUUGUUUUUUCUGGUAAACGUAGGGGCCAGAAAGCUACGGCUACCUCUUUCUUUUUGGCUGAAGAGUAUCAUCCGUAUUGCAUAUGAGACUGCUGGACAGCAGCCUCCUGAAAGAAUUACGGCUCAUUCUACUAGGGCUGUGGCUUCCUCAUGGUCAUUUAAAAAUGAUGCCUCUGUUGAACAGAUUUGCAAGGUCGUCUCUUCACACUUUUUACAAAUUUUACAAAUUUGUUACUUUUGCGUCGUCCAAGGCUGUUUUUGGGAGAAAGGUUCUUCAAGCAGUGGUGCCUUCAGUUUAUGUUCCUGUCUUGUCCCUCCCUUUCAUCCGUGUCCUAUAGCUUUGGUAUUGUAUCCCAAGUAAGGAUGAAAUCCGUGGACUCGUCAUAUCUUGUAAAAGAAAAGGAAAAUGUAUGCUUACCUAAUACAUUUAUUUCUUUUACGAUAUGACGAGUCUACGGCCCACCCUGUCAUUUUCUAAGACCGGUCUUUAUUUUUGUUAAACUUCAGUCACCUCUGCACCUUGGCUUUUCCUUUCUCUUCCUAACUUCGGUCGAAUGACUGGAGUGGGAGGGAAGGAAGGAGCUAUAUAUACAGCUCUGCUGUGGUGCUCUUUGCCUCCUCCUGCUGACCAGGAGGUGAUAUCCCAUAAGAAAGAAUGAAAUCCGUGGACUCUUCAUAUUGUAAAAGAAAUAAAUUUAACAGGUAAGCAUAAAUAUCCUUUUUAUUUCUAAUGACAGUGAGUCCACGGAUCAUCAGUAAUUACUAUUGUGGAAACAGAUAAGGGAGGGACAAGACAGGGAACCUAAACUGAAGGCACCACUUCUUGAAGAACCUUUCUCCCAAAAGAAGCCUCAGCUGAGGCAAAAGAAUCAAAUUUAUAGAAUUUUGAAUGUGUGUAGAGGACCAAAUUGCAGCCUUGCAAAAAUCUGUUCAACAGAAGCUUCAUUUUUGAAUACCCAGGAAGAGGAAACGGUCCAUGUGGAAUGAGCUGUGUUUCUCUCAGGGGGCUGCCGUCUAGCAGUUUCAUAGGCCAAACGGAUUAUACUUAGCCGUAGCUUUCUGACCCUUGCGUUUCCAAGAGAAAACAACAAGGAAGGGGACUGCUGAAAUUCCUUAGUUGCCUGCAAAUAGUACUUCAAUGCAUUUACCACACAUCUAGGUUGUGCAACAAACGCUCUUUAUGAGAAGAUGGGUUAGGACACAGAGGGAGUAACAAUUUCUUGGUUAAUAUUCCUAUCCGAAACCACUUUAGGAAGGAAACCCAACUCAGUACGCACAGCUACCUUAUCGGAAUGAAAUAUAAGGUACGGGAAUUCACACUGCAAUGCCGAGAGUUCAGAAACUCUUUGAGCAGAAGAAAUUGCAACCUGAAAAAAAAACUUUCAAGAUAACAUCUUAAUAUCGAAGGCUCGCAUAGGCUCAAACGGAGCCUGUUGAAGAACUCACAAGGUUAAGACUCCAGGGAGGAGUAACAGGCUUGAACACAGGCCGGAUUCUAACUGGGGCAUGACAAAAGGCUUGGACAUCUGGCACAUCCGCCAAACGUUUGUGCAACAAUAUAGAUAAGGCAGAAAUUUGACCCUUCAAGGUACUAGCAGAUAACCCCUUCUCCAGACCCUCCUGGAGAAAAGACAAAAUCCUAGGAAUCCAAACUCUACUCCAAGAGUAGCCUCUGGAUUCACACCAAUACAGAUAUUUACACCAUAUCUUAUAUUAAAUCUUGUAACAGGCUUAAGAGCCUGAAUCAUGGCCUCAAUGACCGACUCAGAAAACCCACGCUUAGAUAAAAUUAAGUGUUCAAUCUCCAAGCAGUCAGCUUCAGAGAAACAAGAUUUGGAUGAAGGAAAUGCCCCUUGAAGUAGUAAGGUGCUUCCUCAGAGGAAGUCUCCAAGGUGGGAGAGAUGACAUCUCCACUAGGUCUUUAUACCAGAUCCUGCGAGGCCACGCUGGAGCAAUGAGGAUCACGCCCUCUCCUGUUAGAUUCGAGCAAUAACCUGUGGAAGGAGAGCGAAUGGAGGAAAUGGGUAUGCUAGACUGAAAUUCCAAGGGACCGCCAUAGCAUCUAUCAGUACAGCCUGAGGAUCCCUUGACCCGUACCUCGGGAGCUUGGCAUUCUGACGAGAUGCCUUGAGAUCCAGUUCCAGCUGUCCCCACUUUAGGAGGAUCAAGCUGGUAAAUACCUCCGGAUGAAGUUCCCACUCCCCCGGGUGAAAAGUUUGUCUGCUCAGAAAAUCUGCUCCCUAAUUGUCCACUCCUGGAAUGUGGAUCAGACAGCAGUUGUGGGUCUCCCCACACUGAAUGUUGGCUACAUCUGUCAUGGCCAAAGAACUCUGUUUCUCCCUGAUGGUUGACGUAAACCACUGAAGAAGUUGUCCGACUGGAAACUGAUGAACCGGGCUGAAGCUGAGGUCAAGCCAGAAGAGCAUUGAAGACUGCCCUCAGCUCUAGGAUGUUUAUCGGGAUACUUGAUUCCUCCUGAGUCAAAGGACCCUGUGCCUUUAGCGAGCACCAGACUGCUCCCCAUUGCUGCAGGCUGGCAUCGGUGGUCACAAUCACCCAGGUAGGCCCGCGUAAGCAGGUUGCUUGGGAAAGAUGUUCCUGAGAUAACCACCAUGGAAGAGAAUUUCUUGUCGCCUGAUCCAGUUCUAAUCGCGGAGACAGAUCCGCAUGAUCCCCGUUCCAUUGACUUAGCAUGCACAACUGCAGAGGCCUGAGAUGGAACCGAGCAAGCGGUAGGAUGUCCAUGACAGACACCAUCAGACCAAUUACCUCCAUACAUUGGGCCACAGACGGUCAAAGAGGACUGAAGGGCAAGACUAGAGUUGAGAAUCUGUCUUUCUGACCUAUGUCAGAAAAAUCUUCAUUGAUAGAGAAUCUAUUAUGGUUCCCAAGAACACCACCCUUGUAGCUGGAAUUAAGGAAUCUGCCCCUAGGAGGAAAAGCCUUGAACUCUAGUUUGUAUCCCUGGGACACGAUAUCCACUGCCCAGGGAUCUGGAACGUCCCAAAUAGGCUUGAGCAAAGAGAAAGUCUGCCCCAACAAGACCCGCUCCCAGAUCGGGGGCAAACCCUUCAUGCUGAUUUAGAGUCACUAGCGGGCUUCUUAGAUUGCUUCCCCUUGUUCCAAGACUGAUUGGGCUUCCAGGAAGACUUGGACUGUUCCUGUUUGGAAGAGGGGGGAGGCUUACCUUUAAAGUUUCGAAAGGAACGAAAAUUACUGACAUCCUUUCUGUUUAUUCCUCUUAUCCUGAGGGAGGAAGUGUCCCUUUCCUCCCAUAUCUGUUUUCGGCCAAGCCCGGCCCAAACAAGGUAUUACCCUUGUAGGGAUUUGCCAAAAUCUUAGACUUAGAUGACACAUCUGCAGACUAGGACUUCAACCAUAAGGCUCUACGGGCCAAAACGGCAAAGCCAGAAAUCUUUGCUCCCAAUUUAAUGACUUGUAGAGAAGCAUCAGUUAUAAAGGAAUUGGCCAACUUAAGAGCCUUGAUCCUGUCCUGGGGGUACGUAAAAGUAUUUAACUUACUAGACUUCUUAGCAUAGACUACGACAGUUUCGCAGUCGUCCAAGGUGGCCAAGACCACCUUAAGUAACAACCAGAGGUGUUCUAGCUUAAACCUAAAGGAUACAACUUCAGCAUCAGAAGGAAUUACUGUCUGAGAUUUCACCCUCAGAUGACACCGAAGUAUCUUUCUCCUCAGACUUCUGGUAGGGAACAUUCGGAAUAGCCACAACUGUCAGAAACCUUACUGAUUCUUUACAUUUCCUCUUGCGCUUUCCCUGCAGCAUGGGAAGAGCAGACAGCGCAUCAGUUACUGCAGAGGAUAUGUGGGUAGCAAUGUCUUGCAAGUUAACUCCAACAGGAGUGUGAGAGGAAACUCAUUUGUACACGAUAAGGUUUGGGACACUGAAGGAGGAAGCUGCGGCAUAUCUUGAACUGGAGACUUCUGAACAACAUCCGCCUUAGAUAAUGAUGGCUCAGGAUCAAAAAGUCUAUCCCCUUAAUGUCCUAUGAUACACAAUUGUGUCAACUUUAGGGGGUGUUAUCGUAUCCACCAGUAGUGAUUGGUUUCUCUAUACGUAGCCACCAGUAGAGAUUGGUUUCUCUAUAGGUGUAUAUAUCUGUAUUUUAUACAUCAGCCUGCACUUCUGGGACACAAAUCUUAGAUUAUUAGUUGUCUCUUAUCACUAUAUUAUAUAUAUUAUCACUAAUUUUAGUUUACAAUAUAUAUUUCUCACCCACACUAUUAGUACAACACAUUGCUCUUACAUUCACUUGAACAUGGCACGUCACACCAUGAGAGAUAUUUAUCUUCCUUGGACACCAAAUGUUGUUCACAACUUAUUCAUACAUUACAUUAUUUGUCACAUCACUCACUCAUAUGAUGCAUUUAGACAUCUAUUAAUUAUCCACAUAUAGUCCCUCUAGUAAUAGUGGUAUAUAUACAUUUAGUUCAAACACAGUAGAUGGCUCUGCUUAGAUAUACAUCAUUUAAUGAACGCAAUGAUGGUUAAAACACUAAACUAAUUAUUUAAUAUGAAUGACCCCCUUUUUUAUAGUAAAGGAGUUUGUAAUCUAUACAUAUCUUAAUACAUCAACUGCUUACCACCUAUGUUAGGUAAGGACGGGAUAUUAAUAAUAUUUUUGCCACACUAUCUUUGCUCUAGUAUCGAUAUUGAAGUGUACAAGACACAUCAACUAAAGUAAGUUAUUGAAAAACAUCUGUAAUAGCAUAAAACAUAUUAGUAACAAACAACCAGACAUAGGCUCUCUAGUAAUUGUGCGUAUCUAUUAGGAUUCCUCCUAUUGGUUAGAAUUAGGGUAAUACACGCCCCUAGUAACUUGAUGUUUUGGGUCACAAUAGGACAGUGCUGGUAAUGUGUCAAAUGACGCCUAGUCUGACGUAUGCAGAAAUCUUUUAGGAGACAUUUAUUAUUCUGCUUGAAAGUUUGAGUGCACAAUUACGAGUUGGGAGUAUAAGGUAACACAUAGUUUGAGACACCACCUUCAAGUGAGUAGAUUUGAUUUAUGAUCUAAUGACCCUUAUCAUGAAUAGACUCCAUCUGCUAUAUGUAAACAUACAUGUAUCUGACAAUUUAGAAUUGUUUGGCCUUACAUAAUGUAAAUACUUUCAAGACUUUAAUAUAUACAUAUAUUUAUACAUAUAGGAAAGAUAAGAAAUAUACCCACAAUCUCCAGAAUAUUUAUUAAAUGAAGAUUGGAUCCAUAAAUAUAUAAAACCGGAGUAUAUUAUAAACGAUGAAAGCGGACACAAUUGUAGUUACAUGAUAUUUUCAUCAAGUUACUUAUGAUUGUGUUCCCUAGUAUGAAAUAGUUAGGCACAUGUAUGUUUGUUAUAACGACACAAGCAUUAGAUCAAUUAUGCACACACACACACAUGAGUUGUGUAAUUUUUAGAGGAUUAGGGAUUGGUUACUUGUAUAUCAGUCAUAUUUUUUUAUCUGUUUUAUAAUAAAUUGUGAACUACAAUUAUACCCGAGUCUGAGCUUAUUUCACUCAUUGAGGACACCUGGGAUACCGGUACUCAUGCUGGGCCAGUGAGCUGGGACACUGCAAGUUCCCAGUCUGCUUUACUUAGCACAAUUGGAUGCUGCUCCAUUUGUGAUUAUUCAUUUGUCUCUACUUAUUCCAUCUUGUCUCAACUCUGUCACACUAGGAGGCACCCUUGUCUUGUGAUUGGUUUUCACAGAAAAAGCUUUUAUCUCUGUAGUGUUCUCUGAGUACAUGAGGAACAAAAAGGGAUUUGGUGGUUCCACAUUAGCCUCAAAACAUAAACUACGAGUAACAUUUUGCAGGGCCUCUUGGUACAUCCUUACCCAAUAAAUAACCAAGCAAAAAAUAAAAUACUUUUAUUCCAGUUUGAAAUUUAUUGGCAAGAAAACGUUAGUUUCUUUAAAUUUAAAACUAACUUUAUUUCAUAAAAGCAGAGCAGCGCCUCUAUAGAAAAAUCAAGCUUUGCUGAGGUGCCUACCUGUCCUGCUGGAUGCUGGAAUCAAUAGUAAUUGGCAAUCCGGACUCAUCCACAGCUGCUCCAACUGACUAUCAAGCGAACGCUUGCACCGUCUUCAGAAAGAGCAGAGCUGCAACGAUUACUAUCCGGUACACUAAGAAAGUGGUCCAGACAGGCUUGCAAAAACACACGUUUGUCGCCUCAGAAAAAGUCCGCCCAUUGUGGGCGUACUUAACUGAAGUUCCCGGCCGCCAUUAACUUCCCCUUUUUCAAAAGGUAAAGCCGCCGGGAGAAUCACUAAGUAAAAAACACACCCGAUGCCGUCCACCCUGUCACCGGACACAAAACACUGAGCCUUAUUAAUAAAAAGGUCCUCUCGUCCCCAGUGCCUGCACAAACUGCCACACAUUAUCCCAUUAACCCAUAAUAGGAUAAAAUGUAGUUAAUGUCCCAAACAGAAAUAACUAUUAAAGUGCCAAUGUUUCCUUUCGUCUUUAGAGAACUUAAAUUGGCACUUACCGCAAUGUUUAUAUGCCCGGCAGCAGGACAGCUCACCUGGUUUGAGGGCUUCCUCCCUCACAUGGACCUGUGGAAAAAGACUGAAUAAUCUUACUCAGGCUUUCAAGUUAGGACAGCAACAACUGCUUGAGAGGCGCAGUGGGGAUUAUACCCAACAAGUUCCCAAUUGCUUAAAAGCCACCACUGCUCUACUGAAGACUAACGUGGACUACGGUUAGACCCCCAGAAAAGAUCAGAACAAACCUGCUCUGCUUGAAAAUAAUAAACUCUUGAUUUGAAGAAAAUUCUUUCAGACACCAAAAUUUUACCACCACCUUGCAACGCAGGCAAAGUGUGUGAUUGGAGUUUGAGGGAAUGGAGGUGAUAACAGCUUUGCUGUGGUGCUCUUUGCCUCCUGCUUGCCAGGAGUGAUAUUCCCAAUAGUAAUUAUUACUAAUGAUCCGUGGACUCACCGUGUCAUUAGAAAGAAAAUUGAUAAUAGGAGUAAAUUAGAAAGUUGCUUAACAUUGCAUGCUCUAUCUGAAUCGUGAAAGUUUAAUUUUGACUAGACUAUUCAUUUAAUAUUGCUCUAUCUUAGCCAUGAAAGUUUAAAUCUUGGUUUGUAGCUUUCUAAAUAUAAACUAAUUUGGUUUAUUUGCAAUUAAUAGUGUUUCUUUUGUGCAGGGGUCCAAAAGUAUGAACUCUGGAGCUUAUGGAAAUCUAUAUUAUGCUUGGAGCUGCACUUAUGUCCAGGUGGAUCAACAGAAGCUUGUCUGUCAUUCCAAACUUGUCCCUAUGCAAGGUCAAAGAACAAGCUACCACAUCAAGAAAUUAGUUACAACUGUAGACAACAUGUAGGUUCUUCCAAGAUUGUGCAGAGUGAUUUUUAUGACUAAAGCAUUCAGGGGAAGUGAUAGUACAGUGGCAAUCUCAUAUUUUAAAAUUGCUCAAGUUUUAAAGGGACAGUCUACCAUAGAAUUGUUAUUGUUUUAAAAGAUAGAUAAUCCCUUACAGUUAUAUUAAAGGAACUGUCUAGUCAAAAUUAAACUUUAAUGAUUCAGAUAGGGCAUGCAAUUUUAAACAAGUUUCCAAUUUACUUCUAUUUAAUUUGCUCAAUUCUUUAGAUAUCCUUUGAAGAAAUAGCAAUGCACAUGUCUGAGCAAAUCACACAAGGCCUCUAUGUGCAGCAAGCAAUCAGCAGCUUCUGAGCAUAUCUAUAUGCUUUUCAGCAAGUGAUAUCAAGAGAAUGAAGCAAAUUAGAUAAUAGAAGUAAAUUAGAAAGUUAUUUAAAAUUACAUGCUCUUUCUAAAUCACAAAAGAAAAAUUUGGGUUUCAUCUCCCUUUAAUAUACUUUUUACCUCUGAUUACCUUGUAUCUAGGAACCUUCUUCCAGCCCCCUGAUCACAUGACUGUGACUUAUCUAUUGUCCUAAAUUUAGCAUUGUUUUGUGCUUAAUCUUAAAUAACCCCCUGUGCCUGAACACUUCUCUAUAUGGCCCACGUGUACUUUGUCUCUUUGUGUUGAAAAGAGAUUUAAAAAGCAUGUGAUAAGAGGCAGCCCUCAAAGACUUAGAAAUUAGCAUAUGAGCCUACCUAUGUUUAGUUUAAACUAAGAAAAUACCAAGAGAAAAAAAAAGCAAAUUUGAUAAAAGUAAAUUGGAAAGUUAAUUAAAAUUAAGUCCUAUCUGAAUAAUGAAAGUUUAAUUUAUACUACACUAUCCCUUUAAGCAAAAGGAGCAUUUAAUCAAGUUUAUUAAUUAAAAAUGCUUGUGUUUAUGUAUGUGUAUAUAUGAGUGUGUGUGUAUGUGUGUAUAUAUAUAUAUAUGUGUGUGUAUAUAAAUCAAUGUAAAUAUUUGCAUAGGAAAUUAGCACAUCUAGGCAAGAUUCCCCACUUGCUCUUUCCCAGAAAUACUUAAUAUACAAUGUUAUCAAUGCACAAGAGAAUUCUGGGUAAGAUAUGCAAAUUAGAUAUGUAAAUUCUCAGUUUUUUUAUUCAAAAUACUGUUAACACAGCGAUCCUUUUAACAGGAUUAUUGCAGCAAACCAGAAAUCACUCACUAGACAGCCUGUUUCGUUCUUUUUGGAACUCACCAGUAGGAGAGAUUUCUGGUUGCUGCAUUGGUAAAGCUAUUUUCAUGGUUAAACCAAAAUUCAUUAAAAUUAUGGGGUGGAGAUAAAAAACUGAAAUUAAAAUCCUCCAUGUCUCAAAAUUAAAUUAAUGUAAAUAUUUGCAUAGGAAAUUAGCAUAUCUAGGCAAGAUUCCCUGCUUGCUUUUUCCCAGAAAUACUUUAUAUAAUGUUACCAAUGCACAAGAGAAUUCUGGGUAAGAUAUGCAAAUUAGAUAUGUAAAUUCUCAGUUUUUUUGCUUCAAAAUACUGUUUUAACACAACGAUCCUUUUAACAGGAUUAUUGCAGCAAACCAGAAAUCACUCACUAAGACAGCCUGUUUCGUUGUUUUUGGAACUCAUCAGAAGGAGAUAGAUUUCUGGUUGCUGCUAAUUUGCAUAUCUUACCCAGAAUUUUCUUGUUCUUCAUUGGUAACAUUGUAUAUUAAGUAUUACUGGGGAAAAAGCAAGCGGGGAAUCUUGCCUAGAUGUGCUAAUUUCCUAUGCAAAUAUUUACAUUGAUUUAAUUUUGAGACAUGGAGGAUUAUAAUUUCAGUGUGUAUGUGUGUGUGUGUAUGUGUAUAUAUAUAUAUGUGUGUAUAUAUAUAUAUAUAUAUAUAUAUAUAUAUGUGUGUAUAUAUAUAUAUAUAUAUAUAUAUGUGUCUAUAUAUGAAUUCAUUUUAAACAGAAUAAAGGUUGCUGUUGUAAAUACAGAGUGCAAUUACUGAAUUCCUCUAUACAACUUGCUUCUGCCGCCCUGGUUACUAGCUUUUUGGCAAGUGCACCAUCUACCAUUUAUAUAUAUAUAUAUAUAUAUAUAUAUAUAUUUAUUUAUAUCUAAACCCCACUACAGUGGUCUACAAAUUACAGAGGAAAAUAAGCUGCAGCCAAUUUAUGGUUAUAUAGUAGUAUAGAAUAGAGAAGUGGGUUGCCAGAUAAAGACUGGGAGAUCUGUAUUGUAAAUUCUGGGCAUUAGAUUGAACAAUACUGCUGCCAAAUGUGCUCUUGUAGGUGACUUCUGUGCUAGUGUCAUAGCAAGACAAAUACAUAUAGGAAUCUUCAGUAAAUUGCCCCUAAGACCUGUAGUAGCAGCAGCGCCUAAUUACAUUCAUUUGUAUGGUAGAUUGCAAAAACUUAUUCUGCUGAUAUUGGAUGUUUGUUUUUCUGGGGUAGAAUACAUUUGCCAGGACAAAGCUUGUGCCCUGUGUGAAAAUAAAGUUUAUUUUUAUACAA